CAUUCUCCUCUCUCUAACUCAGAGUGAAAAUGGCAGAGGCCAGAAUUUCAGUAGAUCAGGAUCAGUUUAUCUGUUCAGUGUGUCUGGAUCUCCUGAAGGAUCCGGUGACUGUCCCGUGUGGUCACAGUUUCUGUAAGGUGUGUAUUAAUGGCUGCUGGGAUCAGGAGGAUCAGAAGGGUAUCUACAGCUGUCCUCAGUGCAGAGACACUUUCACUCCAAGGCCUGUUCUACGCAGCAACAACAUGUUGGCUGAAGUGGCGGAAAAACUAAACAAGAAAACUGAACUCCAAGCUGCUUCUCCUGAUCACAGUUACGCCGGACCUGGAGAUGUGGAGUGUGAUUUCUGCACCAGGAGAAAACACAAAGCUGUCAAAGCCUGUCUGGUGUGUCUGGUUUCGUUCUGUGAAACUCAUCUGAAACCUCAUCUAGAAGUUCCUGCUUUAAAAAAUCAUAUGUUAAUUGAAGCCUCAGCAAAACUACAUGAGAAAAUCUGCUCUGAACAUAACAAGCUGACUGAGAUCUACUGCAGAACUGAUCAAACCUGCAUCUGUUAUAUGUGUAUGAUGGAAAAUCACAAAGGGCACAAAACUGUCACUGCUGAAGAGGAAAGAAGUGAGAAACAGAGUGAGUUAAAGGAGGAGCAGAUGAAAUCCCAGCAGAGAAUCCAGGAGAAGCAGAAGAAGGUGCAGGAGCUGAAACAGGCUGUGAACACUAUAAAGCUCAGUGCACAGACAGCAGUAGAGGACAGUGAGAUGAUCUUUACUGAGCUGAUCAGCUCCAUGGAGAAAAAGCGCUCGGAGGUGACGGAGAUGAUCAGAGCUCAGGAGGAGGCUGAACUGAGUCGAGCUGAACGACUCCUGGAGGAACUGGAGCAGGAGAUCGCUGAUCUUCAGAGGAGAGUCACUGAACUGGAGCAGAUUUUACACACACACGAUCACAUCCAUUUCCUCCAGACUUUUGCUUCUGGCCGUCAGUCUCCCCCACAAGACAGACCAAAUUUCCACACGUCCAACAUCACGUUCAAUUGGAAUCUAACAUUCCCUGAAGUGAGGAAUUCUCUUAAAAUUCUGAAAAGUAAAUUAACGGAACUGUGUACAGAGGAAUUUGGCAAAAUCCGUCCACAAGCUGCAGCAGUUCAGCAGGCAAUCUUACCUUCGAUGCCGGAGAGCCGAGAAGAUUUCCUGAAAUAUUUCUGUUAUCUGACUCUGGAUCCAAAAACGGCAUAUCGCAACCUCAUUCUGUCUGAGAAGGACAGAGUGGUGAGACACAGCCAGAGAAAGCUGACGUAUUCUGAUCACCCAGAGAGAUUUGUGAACAUCGCUCAGGUGUUGUGUAAGGAGAGUGUGUGUGGACGCUGUUACUGGGAGGUGGAGUGGAGCGGUGAUGGAGGUGUCUUCCUGUCAGUCUCAUAUAAAGACAUCAGCAGGAAAGGACAAGACGAUGAGUGCGUGUUCGGACGCAACAGUCAGUCCUGGAGUCUGUAUUGUUCGCCGUCAUCUCUUGCUUUCUAUCACAACAACAUCAAGACUGAUCUCAGGAUUCCGUCAUUGUCCAGAAUAGGAGUGUACGUGGAUCACAGUGCAGGAACUCUGUCCUUCUACAGAGUCUCUGACACCAUGAGGCCCUUUCACAGAGUCCAAACCACAUUCACUCAGCGUCUGUACGCUGGCUUCUGGGUUGGCAUUAAAUCAACUGUAAGGUUGUGUGAUCCAGAAUAACAAGAUGGUGUGAAGCAUCACAAGUCAACUUCUAAAACUGCAUGACUUCAAGAUGAUACCUAAACUGCAUACAUACAGCUGGUAAAUUAUGCCUUUUGUAUGAAGAAACUGAUUGCUCAGGUGUGAUUUUGGAACAUUCUUCUGCACAAACACUCAUCAAAUCUUGAAGAUUCUGUGGGCCUAUUCUAUGAACUCUGAUCUUCAGUUCUUUCUAUAGAUUUUUGGCAUUAAUAGGAUUUAAGGCAGGUGAUUGGCUGGAACAUUCUUUGCUAUGUUUCCACACGGACGGUUUUAAUUGCCGGAUGGCGGAUUUGGUGCUCGAUUUGAGACUCUGCGCAUCAGUAAAACAAAUGUUUUGUGAUUAAAAAUUAAUUUUUAAA